UACACUAGAAGAGAGAACGUUUACUCGAUCGAUGAAGAAAAAGGGGAUGAAUGUACUCCCAUCGGCUGCGUGACAAUUAUUCGCGUCGUAAGCCUCACAAAGAUAUGAUCCAAAUAAAAGAUCGUUGUCAGUAUUUUAAUGUAAAUAGAAUUUUAUUACUCAUAGUCGGCUUAUGGCCUCACCAACAAUCUAGCUUUACUAGAUUUCAGCAGAUUUUUGUUACUACUACAUUUAUAACGUUUAUUCUAUUUCAGCUGACAUCAUUUCUAACGUUAAGUUGUACUUCGGAACUCCUAAUGAAGGUUUUUUCUUCCGCAUCUUUCUUUGGUGGCCUCAUGAUAAAAUAUAACUCGUUUUGUUUUAAUAUCGAAGGUAUGAAGGAUUUAUUGAUUCAGCUUCAACGUGUACACGAUAAAAUAAAAGAUAAAAAUGAAAUUGCUAUCAUAAAAAAAUAUCACUGUAUUGCGGAACGUUAUGUAACUGGACUGAUAGCAGUAGGAUUUUGCGGAACGUUUGCGAUGAUUAUAGUACAAUUUUGGAUGAAUAUGGUUGGUGUUGAUUUAUCGACAAACGCAUCUAAAAAAUACCAUUUUAUAUUUAUAACAGAGUAUUUCAUUGAUCAAGAAAAAUAUAUUGGUUUGAUUUAUUUACACGUCAACGUAGCUUUUUCUAUUAGUCUUAUUGCUACAGUAGCAGUUGGUACAAUAAUUAUUGCAUAUAUUCAGCACAUCUGUGGAAUGUUUAAAAUUGCUAGUUAUCGUAUCGAAUAUGUAAUAAAUAUCAACAUUCUACAGAAUGUCACUCAAAAACAUAAAAUCUGGAUGGCUGAGAACAUCGGUUACGCUGUAGACAUUCAUCGGCAAGCUAUGAAAUUGAUGAAACAAUUAAUGUCAAUAUUGGAGAUAAUGAUGUUUUGUUUAAUAAUAUGUGGCGUAGCUGUCUUGAGCCUCAACUUGUUUCAAGUAAGUUACAUCAUAUAAUUACAUGUAUAUAAUUAUAUAUAUUACUUUAAA